AUGCAGGACUACGAGGACUCUGUGUCCUUUCUGGGGUCCUGGGGUCCCUUCCAGAGGAGAGUGGUCUUCCAGCUCUGCCUGGCCGCCAUCCCCUCGGGAUACAACAUGCUAUCCAGCCUCUACCUGUUGGCUGUGCCCCCCCACACCUGCCAAAUCCCCACCGCCAACCUCAGCCAGGAAUGGAUGGAGGCCGCCAUCCCCCUACAGCUGGUCUCCGGACACAUGGAGAAGAGUAGUUGUAGCCGCUUUCAGCUAAGCCUCAUCCAGAACCUCAGCAUCUUGAACCAGAACGUGAGCACACUGGGAACCACUUGGGACCAGAAUUUAAGAUCGCUAGGAUCGGGAUCAGGUCCACAACUGUCCAGCCUGAAGCAGGAGGAUUGUAAGGACGGUUGGACCUUCAGCAAGGAACACUACCAGUCCACCGUGGUCACUGAGUUUAAUCUGGUGUGCGAGGACCAAUGGAAACCACCUCUAAGCACGCUGGCCUACUUCCUCGGCGGAGUGUGCGGGUGCGUCAUCUCGGGUCAGAUCUCCGACAGGUUCGGCAGGAAACCAGUUCUUCUGGGUUCCAUCGCCUUCCUCAGCAUUUCAUGCAGUGUCCUGGCUUUGGCGCCAUCCUGGGAACUCUUCAGUGUGAUCUUCUUCCUGGUCGGCUUCGGACAAAUCAGCUGCUUCGUUGUGGUCUUUGUUCUCGGCACGGAGAUUCUGACGGGUCCGAUCAGAGUGUUGUUCGGCAAUCUGUGUAUGCCCUUCGCUUUUGCAUUUGGUAUGCUGCUGUUGCCCGGGACUGCCUACCUAGUCCGGACCUGGCGCCGCUUGGCACUGAUCCUGGCACUCCCUGGUCUAUCCUGUGUCCCGCUCUGGUGGCUCCUUCCAGAAUCUCCUCGCUGGUUGGUAUCUCGUGGACAUCUGAGACGAGCUGAAGUUCUGCUAAGCUCAGCUGCUGUAGAGAACCGCGUGAGAGCUCCAGAAGUCAUCUUCAAAACCACCAAGGUCGAGAAUCUGUCACUCAACCGGUCGGAAUCAUUGAAUUUUAUGGACUUGGUGCAGACGAAGAAUAUUCGUCACAUCUCGCUGAUCCUGUGGAUUGUCUGGUUCUCCGCGAACCUCAGCUACUUUGGCAUAUCGUUCAACAUGUCAUCUCUGUCUGGAAACCCCUUUGUGAACUACUUCCUAGUGGUGGCGAUUGAGCUUCCAGCUUACACCGCGAGCUGGCUGGCAUCUCGUCGUCUUCCUCGUCGUCUCUCCUUUAUCGCCUUCUCUCUGCUAGGGGCUCUCGCACUGCUCCUUGUCCAGAUCACUGUGAAGGCGCAUCCAGUCCUGACCCUGUUCCUGGUCCUGCUGGGGAAGUUUGGGAUUCUGGCUGGUGUGAGCAUUUUAUACACAUACAGUGGAGAACUGUACCCCACUGUGAUCCGGAACACAGCCUUGUCAUUUUGUGCCACUUUCUCACGACUGGGAUCUGCUGUGUCACCUUACAUCCUAGAAUUGGGUGUGUGGUACGAGUUGCUGCCAUGGAUCCUGGUGGGUUCCUUGUCUGUGUUUGGGGUUGCGCUGAGCAUCUUCCUGCCUGAGACCUUCACGCACCCGCUCCCCGACACCAUCCAGCAGAUGGCCACCAUGCAAAAGUGGCCGUGCUCGUCUCCUGCAGCAAAGCAUGAUGGGAAACCCUCUGAAGACCAAACAACGGGACCACAGAUCAUUUGUACAACUCACUUUUAG